AUGGGUGGUAUGGGUGGUAUGGGUGGAAUGAUGCACGGAGGAAUUAGUGGUAUGCCCGGUGGGAUGGGACCUCAUAUGAGAUUUCCCCGAAGUGCAUACGCAACUUAUCUGAAAAAUAAAAUGCGGAAAUCUUCGUCAAAAAAUAAUGGAAGUGUGAAGACAGAAGGGAAAAGCCGUUCCUUUGCCGAGCAAAAGACAAGCAAAACAGACUAA